CAAAGCUUUGUUGUCGUUUUGCUUCUUCACUUCUUGACGACACAAAUACUUGCUCUUUUUUACUGCAUCUUUCUGUAACAUACCUUUCAUCGAUACCAUGUCAUCUAUAGAAACCCCCUGCAAGGUCCCAGCCACAUACCCGUUCUGGAAGCAGGUGCGGCUGUCAUUCCUGUCCAAAAUAUCCAUGGGCACGGGGAUCCUCGCUAACUGCCUCACCCGGAUGCCAUUCGCCACUUACGUCACGGACAUCAUUGGACGGACUCUGUUUUUCGUCAACAUUUUGCUUCUCGGUACAUUGUUGAUAGUCCAAUUAGUGCAGUUCGUCUUCUAUCCGGGGAUCUUCCGGUUCAUGCGUCGCAAUCCUCGACGCAUGCUCCACUACGGCGCAAUCCCAAUGUCUCUAGGAACUGCAGUAAUCGGAAUAGUCAGAUUCCAGUUUCACCAAGUGCACGAUGCCGUCCUCUAUGCCGCAUGGGGAGUUUGGUGGGCAUCCGUGGGUCUGUCGGUAGUUUGCUCCUUGUUGCUGCUCUAUCUAAUUAUCUCGCGAGAAAUCCAGGGGCUCGAGUCUCUGACUGGUGCUUGGCUGCUGCCUGUUGCCCCACUUGUGGUCAGUGCCACAGCCGGCGCAGCUAUUGCCGAGUUUUUGCCUGAAAACUGCGUCGUUCUCACACUGCUAGUCAGCUAUUGCCUGUGGGGAGCCGGUACUCCGCUUAUUGGAACAAUCCUUGUUCUCUACUUCCAUCGACUGACCAUCCACAAGCUCCCGCCUCCAGAUCUUAUUGUCACCGCCUUUAUCCCGCUUGGCCCAGUGGGUCAGAUUGGCGCUGCAGCAGCUACUCUUGGAAGUGUAGCGCAGAUGGUGGUAGGAGAAGCGCUGCCACACCUUGAGGGAUUUGGGCCAUUCCUCUAUAAUAUUGGCAUUCUGGUAGCGCUGGCAUCGUGGGGAAGCUCGGUGUUUUGGGCAAUGAAUGCCGUCUACUCUAUAGCAUAUCGCCGGUGGUACAACAAUCUCCCAUUCAACAUCGGGUGGUGGUCGUUUACAUUCCCCAUUGGCGUGUUCACAACGCUGAGUGAAGAGCUAAAUCAAGUUCUCCAGUUCAGGUUCUUUCGGGUGAUCUACUUGAUAUCUCUCUUUGUGCUGCUGGGUCUGUGGUGCUUGGUGACUAUAAGCACCCUAUACAGUGCUUGGACGGGAGAAAUAUUUGAGACUCCCUGCCUUAGCAACGGAAUAUCAGACGACUGUGAGGAGCAAACAGGGCUGGGUUCUUCAGCAACCGUUGUGGAGUUGGGCGAUGUGUAAAUUAAAGCUUCAAACAUUCGUUGCGAUGAGAGAUAAAAAUAGCUCUAGUUUGUGUUUCCCUUAUAAUCGAUGGCUUGAACCAUGUAAACAGUGGCUUUUAGAUAGCAACAAUGAGAUCUUCAUAUGCAGACCUGGUAUG